UUUUCUGCAUGUGUUGUUUUAGAGACAUUGAAUUAAAUAAGAUUUCACCAGUAGUAAUGUAACAAAUUGGAGAGUGUUUUCUGUUAUUAUAUACAAAGAGCAUAUUGUUCACAAGUUAGUAUAAAUAAUCACUUCUCAGAGUCAACUCUGCUGAGGUGAGGAACACAAACCAUUCAAAUGCAAGGUUCAAAAAUGUCUUAACUUUGGCAACUCAAUAGGCAGUCAGGAUUUUUGAUAUAUGCAGAAGGAUGGAUCAAGCUACUUUAUCUGAGCCAAGAGAAAAUCAUAGUGUCCAAGAAUGUUUAUCUGAGCCACCAUUAGCUCAAAAAAUUGAAACUAAAGAAACAGGAUUAGGUCAUGCUACUUUUCAUAGCAAGUUGAUUUUCUCUUGGGUUAAUUCUUUACUCAUUUUAGGUUACUCAAAGCCACUAGAUCUUGAAGAUAUACCUUCCCUUGCUUCUGACGAUGAAGCAAACAAGACCUAUCAAAAAUUUGUUUAUGCUUGGGAAUCACUUGUUAGAGAGAGGAACAAUACAAAGAGUUUGGUUCUUUGGUCUAUAGCUAGAACUUACUUAAAAGAAAACAUAUUAAUAGCAUUUUAUGCAUUACUCAGAACUAUUUCUGUUGCAGUUUCACCUCUAAUUCUCUAUGCUUUUGUUAACUACUCAAAUAAAACUGAGGUAGAUCGAAAAGAAGGUCUUUCUAUAGUUGGUAUUUUGAUUCUCACCAAGUUGUUUGAGUCUUUUUCUCAAAGACAUUGGUUUUUUAACUCAAGGAGGUCAGGAAUGAAAAUGAGAUCAGCUCUGAUGGUAGCAAUUUAUCGAAAGCAGCUCAAGCUUUCUAGCUCGGCGAGGACAAGACACUCUGCCGGUGAAUUUGUGAAUUACAUUGCAGUUGAUGCUUAUAGAAUGGGAGAGUUUCCAUGGUGGUUUCAUACAGCAUGGACUUCUGUAUUGCAAAUUGUUCUUUCGACUGUUAUCCUUUUUGGUGUCGUAGGUAUUGGUGCUCUUCCUGGCUUAGUGCCUCUUCUUAUAUUUGGACUUCUCAAUGUACCAUUUGCAAGGAUCCUAAAAAAUUGUCAGUCACACAUUAUGAUUGCACAGGACAAACGUCUUCAGUCAACUUCGGAGAUUCUGAAUAGUAUGAAGAUCAUUAAGUUACAGUCAUGGGAAGAAAAAUUCAAGAGCUUAGUCGAGUCUUUACACAAUGAAGAGUUUGUAUGGUUGUCUAAGGCACAAAUCCUAAAAGCUUUUGGAUCAUUUCUUUAUUGGAUGUCUCCUACAGUUAUAUCUGCUGUUGUUUUCGUUGGAUGUGUUGUUUCAAAGAGUGCACCUUUAAAUGCUGAAACCAUUUUCACAAUUCUUGUAACAGUGAGGAACAUGGGAGAACCUGUUAGGAUGAUCCCUGAGGCUCUAUCCAUUAUGAUUCAAGUUAAGGUUUCGUUUGAUCGUCUUAAUAAGUUUUUGCUCGAUGAAGAACUAAACAAUGAUGAUAAUGAAAGAAACUUACAGCAAUGUUCAGUUAAUGCUGUGGAAAUUCAAGAUGGAAACUUCAUUUGGGAUCAUGAAUCUGUCUCUCCAACUUUAAUAUACGUGAAUUUAGAAAUCAAACAGGGACAAAAAAUAGCAGUUUGUGGACCUGUUGGAGCCGGAAAAUCCUCACUUCUGUAUGCAAUACUUGGAGAGAUUCUUAAAACUACAGGAACUGUUAAUAUAGGUGGCACACUAGCUUUUGUCUCCCAAUCUUCUUGGAUACAAAGUGGAACAGUUCAAGAUAAUAUACUCUUUGGCAAGCCAAUGGACAAAACAAGAUAUGAGAAAGCAAUUAAAGCUUGUGACUUAGAUAAGGAUAUCAAUGAUUUUAGUCAUGGUGAUCUUACAGAAAUAGGUCAGAGAGGGAUUAACCUGAGUGGAGGACAAAAGCAAAGGAUUCAACUAGCUAGAGCAGUCUACAAUGAUGCCGAUAUAUAUCUCCUUGAUGAUCCUUUCAGUGCAGUUGAUGCACAUACAGCUUCAAUACUAUUCAAUGACUGUGUCAUGACUUCUUUAAGAGAGAAAACGGUGGUUCUAGUUACUCAUCAAUUGGAGUUUCUUUCAGAAGUUGAUAAUAUAUUGGUAAUGGAAGGUGGAAAAGUUAUUCAAUCGGGUAGUUAUGAGAAUAUCCUUAUAGCUGGAACAGCCUUUGAACUACUUGUGAGCGCUCGUAAAGAUACAAUUACUGACUUGAAUCAAGAUCAUGAAAAUAAAAGAGGUUCUGAAAAUGAGGUUUUGUCUAAUCCUCAAGACUCUCAUGGUUCUGAAAAUGAGGGAGAGAUUUCUAGUAUCGAGGGUCCAAUUGGUUCACAGCUUACACAAGAAGAAGAAAAAGUGAUUGGUAAUGUUGGAUGGAAAUCAUUCUGGAAUUAUAUAGAUUAUUCCAAAGGGUCAUUCAUGUUGUUUUUUAUCGUGUUUACACAAUCUGUUUUUUUGGCAUUGCAGACUUCAUCAUCCUAUUGGCUUGCUUUAGCCAUUAAAAUUCCAAAAGUAACUAAUGUCACCUUGAUUGGAGUUUAUGCAUUAAUUUCUUUUGCUAGUGCUGCUUUUAUAUAUGCAAGAACUUAUUUAACUGCACUUUUGGGAUUAAAAGCUUCUACUGCUUUCUUCUCGAGCUUCACUACAUCUAUCUUCAAUGCUCCGAUGCUUUUCUUUGAUUCAACUCCUGUAGGAAGGAUUUUAACUAGAGCUUCAUCAGAUUUGAGUAUUUUGGACUUCAAUAUACCUUAUUCCAUCACCUUUGUAGUAUCUAUAACACUUGAAAUUGCGGUGGUUAUUUGUAUAAUGGCUUCAGUCACAUGGCAAGUUCUCAUUAUUGCUGUUCCUGCAAUGGUUGCAUCAAUAUUCAUUCAGAAUUAUUAUCAAGCCACUGCAAGGGAACUAGUACGGAUCAAUGGAACAACCAAAGCUCCAGUAAUGAAUUUUGCAGCUGAGACAUCACUUGGAGUGGUUACUGUAAGAGCAUUCAACAUGGUAGACAGAUUUUUCAAAAACUACUUAAAACUAGUGGACACAGAUGCUUCGCUGUUUUUUCACUCUAAUGUGACAAUGGAAUGGGUAAUUCUAAGGGUUGAAGCACUUCAAAAUUUAACUGUCAUCUCCGCAGCUUUGUUUCUUAUUCUACUUCCUCAGAGAUAUGUAUCCCCAGGCCUUGUGGGACUGUCUUUUUCUUAUGCUUUUACCUUAACAGGAGCCCAAGUAUUUUGGACUAGAUGGUUUUCCAACUUAUCAAACUAUAUUAUCUCAGUUGAAAGAAUCAAUCAAUUCAUUCACAUACCAGCUGAGCCUGCUGCCAUUGUGGAUAAUAAUCGACCUCCAUCUUCAUGGCCUUCCAAGGGCAAGAUUGAUCUUCAAGGCUUAGAGAUUCGAUAUCGUCCUAAUGCUCCAUUAGUCCUUAAGGGAAUCACUUGUACAUUUCAUGAAGGGAGUAGGGUGGGAGUUGUUGGUAGGACCGGAAGUGGAAAAAGUACACUUAUAAGUGGUUUGUUUCGCUUAGUUGAGCCUUCAACAGGUGAUAUUCUCAUAGAUGGGAUAAACAUAUGCUCAAUCGGGUUGAAGGAUUUGAGAACAAAGCUAAGCAUCAUUCCUCAAGAACCAACACUUUUCAAGGGCAGCAUUAGGACAAACCCGGACCCUCUAGGCCUGUACUCGGAUGAUGAAAUAUGGAAGGUUGUAGAGAAAUGUCAGCUUAAGGAAACAAUCGAUAAGCUACCAAGUCUCUUGGAUUCUUCAGUGAGUGAUGAAGGUGGAAAUUGGAGCUUGGGAGAAAGGCAAUUAAUUUGUCUUGGAAGAGUUCUACUUAAGAGAAACAGAAUUCUAGUUUUGGAUGAAGCUACUGCAUCCAUUGAUUCUGCCACAGAUGUCAUUCUACAAAGAGUAAUUAGACAAGAAUUUGCAGAAUGCACGGUUAUAACCGUUGCUCACAGAAUUCCAACUGUAAUAGACAGUGACAUGGUCAUGGUCCUAUCUUAUGGGAAACUGGUGGAAUAUGAUGAGCCUUCAAAGCUAAUGAACACCAACUCUUCAUUCUCUAAGCUGGUAGCCGAGUAUUGGUCUAGCUGCAAGAAGAAUUCCUUCACAAACAUAAGCAAACAGCCACUAUGAUGAAUACUGACUUUAUGGAAAAGAAAUAUAUCUAUCUAUUUACACUCGCUUUGUAUUAUGUAGUAUACUACUAGUGAUGGUCACAAGUAAUAUGAUUUUGAUGUUUAUGAGAUCACAUAAAUGUGAAAUUUUAAAGAUCAUGUCUAUAGAUUUAAAAUUCACCAAUUGUAAUUGUCAGCUCAUUAAGUUGUUUGUCUUUAAUCGUAACUACUUUUAAUAUCAUGAUGAUAUAUGAAUAUAUGAUUGAUCGUGAUUUAACUAAUUUUUCUUAAUAAAUGCAAAGUUAACUAAUUUUUUUACUUAUGAUCAAGACUGGAGAUAGUAUAUUUUAGUUGUAAUCCAAGUUAAGCUCGGCGUAGUGUUUGGAAAUCACGUCAGUUUAUGUAUGGAUGUAGGUGGAAGAUAGGCAAUGGGGCUAACAUUAAUAUUAUGCAUGAACCUUCGCUUAAGAAGGAAGAUGGCUUGGCUUGUGGAUGCCUUCACCUCAAG